CGUAGCGUUUCCGGCCAGCUCAGCGCGUCGGCUCCUGUGGUGUUGUCAGCUCUGCAGCCCGUCAGACAGACGCUGCUCGCCUGCUUCCCCUGGUGCGUUUGCUGGGCUGCGGCAGACAAACGGCGACGCCUCGCAGAGAUGGUGCUGCUGACGAUGAUCGCUCGGCUGGCGGACGGACUGCCGCUGGCCGCCUCGAUGCAGGAGGACGAGCAGGGAAGUGAAAAGUUGGGUCGAGAUCUUCAACAAUAUCAGAGUCAAGCUAAGCAGCUCUUCAGGAAACUCAAUGAGCAGAGUCCCACACGCUGCACUUUAGAAGCUGGUUCAAUGGCAUUUCAUUAUUUUAUAGAGAAGGGCGUGUGCUACCUCGUGCUGUCUGAAGCCAGCUUUCCCAAGAAGCUAGCCUUCGCUUACCUAGAAGACUUGCAGGCAGAGUUUCACGAGCAGCACGGAAAGAAGGUUCCCACGGUGUCCCGCCCCUACUCCUUCAUCGAAUUCGACACAUACAUUCAGAAAACCAAGAAGUCGUACAUUGACAGCCGAGCGAGAAGGAACCUGGGCAGCAUCAACACGGAGCUGCAGGACGUUCAGAGGAUCAUGGUGGCGAACAUAGAGGAGGUGCUGCAGAGAGGAGAAGCUCUGUCUGCACUCGACUCCAAGGCCAGCAACUUGUCCAGCCUGUCGAAGAAGUACAGGAGCGACGCCAAGUAUCUGAACACCCGCUCCACCUAUGCCAAACUGGCAGCCGGCGGCGUCUUUUUCAUCAUGCUCAUUGUCUAUGUACGCUUCUGGUGGCUCUGAGAGACGAAAGAGAAGGAGGAGGAGGAGGAAGGAGGUGUUGAAGUGGAGAAUGAGCUGCGAGGAGUCUGCAGACCUCAAAGUAAAAAAAAAAAAAAAGCUUAAAACAGGAUCCCUGCUCUUAAUAAGACUUUUACAGACAAACCACCGCCCAUUUCUGUUCUCGCCUGUCCAUGGAUGUGUGAUCUGAACAUAAAUGAUGUCAUAAUACAUAGUUUUAUUAUUAACAGUUAAUGCUCUCGUAGUCGCCCUGGAUCGGAGAGGGAAUGAGUGACUGUGUGGGUGUGUGUGUUGAUUGUUUUUUUUUUUUCCCUGAAGUUGAUUUGUGUGCGAGUGUGGAGGGGAAAAUGUAAGAGAAGAAAAUGUCCUGUUUUGUGAGUUUCCAAAGCUGUACUGUACUGUAACAGGAGUGGCUGAUUCAAUCUUGUACACGUCUAAUAAUACAGAAAAGAGAAAAAAAAAAUCACAACAUUUUAUUUAUCCUGACCACAUUACAUGGAAAAUACUUUUCAUUUAACAUAAUAAUCAUAAUAGUGAUGGACAACAUUCAGUAUCGACUGCACAUAUUUACAAAACACGGCAUUAAGCUUCAGUAGGACUUCAGAUAGGCUUAGUAACAGUAAGGAAUUUAAGUAGACUUUUUUAAAUACUGUAUGGAAGCCUUGCAAAUGUUACUCCACCUGCAGAUUUCUUUGCCAUUAUGGGACGUCAGUGACCCUAAAAGUGACUAACUAUUGAGAGGGACAGCAGUGACAGCAUCCCACACUCAUAUAUCCGCCUUUCCUUGCAGGUUAAUCAUUUUCUAUAAGAAUAAACAGUAGUUGCAUGUCAGUUUAGUGUCCACAAGUUGGUCCCGAAGGUGCUCGUCAUACACAAAGGACAGCAAACGCUCACUUUUUUUUCUUGUCUUUUUCACAUCGUAGGCAACUAAGGAAGAGGUUUAAUAAUCUCAAUUCUGAAAAACACAAAUCUAGAUAAUUAUAAGGUGUAAUAAUAGUUAUAAAAUGUUAUUUCUCUCAUCAGUUCUCCACUUUAAGCCUGGUCAUAUAGAGUUGGACUGUGUGAUAAUUCAAGUUUAAAUGUCUGUUUUCAAUGAGAGUAGUUGGAAUAAUCCCUAAAUGACCUCUGGAGAGCAUUUUGGUGAAAAUGAUCCAAUAAUAUUAAAGUUUAUUUUUUUCAUUUACAGGAUCUCAAAUUCUUAAAGCCUCUUUUAGUUGAUAAUGAGCUGUUAGAAGUGAGCAGAAACAUAGAAUUUAAACCUAAUAAACCUUUGUACAGUCCUUAACCUGCCCUGCAUCCACACUUUCUGGAAACGUCCCCCGUGGCGGCAUCUUUCUGCAAGCAGGCAUUUAUAAAAAAAAAAAAGUCUGGUUGGAUCCUUUUCCUCUGGAGUUUACACAAGUGCAGGCUGGAUUCAGUCCAUUCAGGCUGAGAGUCUUAGGUGUUGAUCGGUAGCCGCUAUCUGCUCUCAGCUGGAAAAGGACGCCGCCUCUUUAUUUUCUGUUCUGUCUGCUUUCUAUGAAUAAAAUUAUUUGCACAAAACUCCA